GCAGUAUAGCAUGGUCCAUGAGGCAUGAAUUGAAAAACUAGCCCCUUGUGUAACAAUCCCCGCGCUCGUCCCUUUGGCACACCGCGUCUUUUCUCUGACUCCGAUUCUCCCCUUUUUCUCACACUCUCUCUCUCUCUCAACAACCACCACUAGGGCGCGCACACACACACACACACACUAUGAAGCCCGAGUUGUACGAAAUCUCCGACGAAGAAUGGGAGAAUCACUCCUUCAAACCCUCCCGAGUUCUCAAGCGACCCCGCACUUCCUCUCCCUCUCCGCCGCCCAUCGAGUCCUUCGCUUACGCCCCCAAGCCCGACGUCUCCAGCGAAAACGACAGCGACUGCGUCGAAAUCGCGCCCAGCUUCCGCCAAAAUCUAGACGACCUCGAGGACGCCGACGCCGACGCCGACGCCGGUUGCGCCGCGGCCUCCUCCCGCGCCCGCCGCUUCGUGAUCGACGACGACGAUGACGACGGCGCCGAGGAGAACGGCGGGAGCGAGCGACGCGUGGCGGAGGCUUACGACGUGGCGUCGAGCGAGGAGGAGGAGGAGGAGGAGGAGGAGGAAGAGUUUGAAGAGGAGUUGGACGAGGACGACGUGGUUGGUAGGGCUUUGCACAAGUGCGCGCGAAUCUCCGCGGAGUUGAAGGGCGAGCUCUUCGGCUCCUCGGGGACCGCGUGCGAGAGGUAUUCGGAGGCUGAGUCUUCUUCAGUGAGGAUCGUGACUCAGGAGGAUGUUGACGUUGCUUGCGGCUCCGAGGAUUCGGAUUUUCAGCCUCUGCUCAAGCCGUAUCAGUUGGUUGGCGUCAAUUUUUUGCUUCUGUUGUAUCGGAAGGGGAUUGGAGGAGCCAUAUUGGCAGAUGAAAUGGGUCUUGGCAAAACAGUUCAGGCCAUCACCUAUUUAACUUUGUUGAAACACUUGCACAAUGAUUCUGGUCCACAUCUUAUAGUAUGUCCUGCUUCUGUUUUGGAAAACUGGGAAAGGGAAUUGAAAAGGUGGUGUCCAUCCUUUUCUGUUCUUCAAUAUCAUGGUGCUGGACGUGCAGCAUACUGCAAGGAGUUGAACUCCCUGUCCAAGAAGGGGUUGCCUCCUCCAUUUAAUGUUCUUCUUGUGUGUUAUUCACUUUUUGAACGACACAGUGCACAGCAGAAAGAUGAUCGCAAAAUCCUGAAGCGGUGGAGGUGGAGCUGUGUGCUGAUGGAUGAAGCACACGCUUUGAAGGACAAAAAUAGCUUUAGGUUUAAAAAUCUGAUGUCUGUUGCACGAAAUGCAAGCCUACGCCUGAUGCUGACAGGGACACCACUUCAGAAUGAUCUACAUGAGUUAUGGUCAUUAUUGGAGUUUAUGAUGCCUGAUAUUUUUGCUACUGAAGAUGUUGACCUAAAGAAGUUACUAGAUGCAGAAGAUAGAGAUUUAAUUAGUCGAAUGAAGUCCAUCUUAGGGCCAUUUAUUUUGCGGAGACUGAAAUCUGAUGUGAUGCAACAACUUGUUCCAAAAAUACAGCAGGUUGAAUAUGUUAUAAUGGAAAGGCAGCAAGAAACUGCUUACAAGGAAGCGAUUGAAGAGUAUCGUGCUGUUUCACAGGCUCGCAUGGCAAAAUGUUCUGAGCUUAAUUCAAAAACUGUUCUUGAAGUUCUUCCUCGACGACAGAUAAAUAACUAUUUUGUUCAGUUCCGCAAGAUUGCAAACCAUCCCUUGUUAAUAAGGCGAAUCUACACUGAUGAGGAUGUUAUUCGCUUUGCUAGGAAGCUACAUCCGAUAGGUGCUUUUGGUUUUGAAUGUACUUUGGACAGGGUUAUAGAGGAACUUAAAGGUUACAAUGACUUCUCUAUUCAUCGGCUUUUACUUCAUUAUGGUGUCAAUGAUAGAAAGGGGAUCCUUCCAGAUAAGCAUGUUAUGGUUUCUGCAAAAUGUCGGGCCUUAGCUGAACUUCUUCCCUCACUAAAGGAGGGUGGUCAUCGAGCCUUGAUCUUUAGUCAAUGGACUUCAAUGCUUGACAUAUUGGAGUGGACUUUGGAUGUCAUUGGUUUGACCUAUAAACGGCUUGAUGGAAGUACACAGGUAGCAGAGAGGCAAACAAUAGUUGAUACAUUCAAUAACAAUACUUCAAUAUUUGCGUGCUUACUUUCCACGAGAGCCGGUGGACAGGGCUUAAACUUAACAGGAGCUGAUACAGUUGUGAUUCACGACAUGGAUUUUAACCCACAGAUUGAUAGACAAGCCGAAGAUCGAUGCCAUCGAAUCGGUCAAACAAAGCCUGUAACCAUAUAUCGGCUGGUGACAAAGGGAACAGUUGAUGAAAAUGUGUACGAGAUUGCAAAAAGAAAGCUAGUAUUAGAUGCUGCUGUUCUCGAGUCCAUGGAGGAGAUUAGCGAGGGUGACAUGCCUGAGAAGACCAUGGGAGAGAUAUUGUCUGCAAUUUUAUUGAGUUAAAAUAGAGUCAAGAAAAACAUAGUUUAAUUUAUGAUCGCCCCUUUCCUAUAGUUCCAAUCUUGAAUUAAUCUGUUGAUUUGGUAGAGAAGAGGACUGGCCGCCCUACAGAUUGGUAAGAAUGCGGUACCAGUAUAUUGAUGUACAUUAGUCUUGAUGUUCACGUGUCGAUGGCGGUGAAUAAUCUUUGUAGUUAGAAACUUAGAAUCAAUAGGAGAAUUAGUAUAAGUCAUGGUAGAGAUUAACAAAUUUGUUGAGCAUUACUCCUGAUGCCCUAAUGAAGAGAGCCCUUACCUUGCAUUUUUAAA